AAAAGUUCUUGGGUGACAGAAGUUUCGGAUCAAAGCAUGAAUUUGUGUUUUCCCUUGUGACUUAAUCAACAGAUUUGAUAACAAAUAAACAUUAUACCUGAGAUUUGGAUCUACCUCAUUUUUGUGCUCAGGCAGAAAAAUUAUCCGGAAAAAUGGUUGAACGGCAUGGAUGAAACACAUACAGGGUGGGCCCAUAGAGCACCGUCCAUCCGCGUCUGGUUGGGUGAGGCUAGCUAGCUUCCAUGACAGAAGCACAAAUCUGAUAGCACGUUUGUUCCUUGUUCCUCAUGGAAGUUCUAACCUCUAAAGCCUCUCCAUUCUUCCCCUUCUCCAGAAAUCUCCCAACAAAGCCUUCUUUCCAACCAAAUCUCACACCAUUCCCACCUACUCCUUCAAUCACUACCAGAAACAACCUCCUCUUUUCCUACUCCAAAUCCAAUUCCUUGGAUCAGACCCUCAAUCUCUUCCACCACCUUCCCCACCGCGACACUAUCACAUGGAACACCGUCAUAUCUGCAUGCACUCGUCACGCCCGUCCCGACACCGCUCUCCGCCUCUUCGUGAACAUGCUCCUCAUCUCCUGCGAUGGUCAAAGGCCCGACGUUCUCACCUUCCGGUCGGUCCUCAAGGCUUGCCACGAAACCGACCGUCUGCUAUCUGCAUUGCAGAUACAUGGUUACAUGAUCAAGCUCUAUGGACUGUCGUCUCCGGACUUGAUUCUAAACACUGUUCUGGUUGGGCUGUAUUGUGAAUUUGGAUGGAUGGGAAUGGCGCGUGAUGUGUUUGAUAGAAUGCCUGUGAGAGAUGUGGUUGCCUUUGCUGCUUUGAUGGUGGGUUACAAUGAGGCAGGUCGAUAUGAGGAAGCUCUGAGGAUUUUUCAGAAGAUAGUGGAGAGCGGUUGCUUAAUGGUGAAUGAGUUUGUUUUCACUUGUGCUUUACGUGCCUCUGCUGCUCUUUGUUCUCUGUUCGACGGAGAACAGAUCCAUGCGUGGGCUGUGAAAGCAAUGGUUGAAUCAGAUGUGUUUGUGGGGACUGCCCUGAUUGAUAUGUAUUCCAAGUGCAACAGGAUGGAGUGUGCAAAGACUGCGUUUGAGGAGGUUACGGGGCCGAAUGUGGCCUCUUGGAAUGCUUUGAUGGCUGGGAAUUUGGCAGGCGAUGAAGUCAUGCAAACUUUCUCUCGAAUGAGAAUGUCGGAUGCGAGUCCUGAUCACCUGACCUUUGCGACUGUUCUUCGUGCAUGUAAAAAUGUGAGUGUGUGUUCAGUGCAGCAGAUCCAUGGCUUAGUCAUGAAAAAAAUGGGUGCUGAAAUGGAUGUGUUUGUGGGUGGGGCCCUUUUCGAGAGGUACAUGGAUCAUGGUUGUGUUCAUGAUGCUAGAAGAGCAUUUGAUGCAAUCUAUAGCAAAGAUAUCACAGCUUUUAAUCAGGCAAUUCAAGGGUACGUAUGGAAUGGCCAUAGAGCUGAAGCUGUUAGCUUGUUUCAAGAAGCCAUCCGGAUGGGGAGACAACCAAAUGAAGCGACUUUAACAUCACUUCUGAUGAGGAUCGGAGGACUGGAUCAGGGGAAGCAGUUGCAUGGGCUAGCUAUUAAGUUUGGUUUUUGCGGCAGCAGCGACUGUUGUCGUGGUGCAUCCAUUGCUAGCUCACUAGUUACAAUGUAUGCCGAAUUCCAUUGUUUGGAUGAUGCAAUCCGGCUCUUUGACCAGACACAAUUUCCUGAUCUGGUCCUGUGGACGUCGCUAAUUUCUGGUUUUUCUCAGAAUGGAGAAAGCGAAAUGGCGUUGGAACUUUACAUCCUCAUGGUGUCUGAGGGAUUUGUCAGUCCCCCUAACCAUUACACAUUCUCUAGUCUCCUUCAGUCUUGUGCAAAUCUUGCGGCAAUGGAAGAAGGGAAGCAGAUUCAUGCUCAGAUCAUAAAAUCGGGUUUUGAUGUUGAGUUUGAUCUGUUUGUAAGCAGCGGCCUGGUAGAUAUGUAUGCCAAGUGCGGUAAUGUGAUGGAAGUGAGAAGGCUCUUUGAUAAGAUGCCAGAGCGGGACUUAGCCUCAUGGAAUGCCAUGAUCACUGGCCUGGCACAACAUGGAUUCGCUGAGAAGGCCGUAGGAACUUUUCAAGAACUGUUGGAUCUGCCAAACAUUGUACCAAACCAUAUUACUUUCACAGCUGUUCUCUCUGCUUGCAGCCAUGGCGGCCUGGUAGAAGAGGGGUACCAUUACUUCAAGUUGAUAGGUGAACCCACGAUUGACCAUUAUGCCUGUCUGAUUGAUCUGGUUGGGCGUGCGGGGCGGCUGGAAGAAGCAAGAAAUCUCAUACAAGAAAUGCCACUCAACCCAAAUGAACAUAUAUGGUCAUCGUUGCUUGCGGCGAGUGCUGUUCAUGAAAAUGUUGAAAUGGGUGAGUAUGCAGCCAAAAAGCUUAUGCAACUGAAUCCAAAAGAUCCCGGAACUUAUGUUGUGCUUUCAAAUAUCUAUGCUGCUGCUGGAAGAUGGGCAUGUGUAAGAAGGAUUAGGAGGCUGAUGAAAGACCAAGGAGUGAGGAAAAAACCAGGCCUUAGUUGGUUAAGGGUUGAUGGAAGGACCCAUGUUUUCCAUGCAGAGAAAGAAGCUGCAUAAUCUAACAACAGGAAAGAAAGCAAUACGUCAUUUGAAAAGUGUACAUGAUGCAGGAUCUGAACAAGUUCUUUCCAAGGUAAAUAAAUUGACAUGGAAAGGAAUACAAGAUUGAAGAAUCACUAGCAGGUUAUGUGUCCAACAAAUCUAGUAAUU